CUUUGAUACCACCCUCGACUUGUUCAAUACGGCAGGUCAGACUCAGCUUCGCACUAUGUAACGCAAUGAUUGCCAUGUCUUUGAUAUGCUCUUGGUACAGCACGCCCCGUCGCUGCUAGCCGCUCUUCGUGCUAUCAUUCUCCUAUGAAAGUCCGGUUCCUUGAGACCUGCUUGGCUAUCUACGCUAAUUGGUCCGAAUAUGGUCACUUCGGGAACUUGGCGAUUGCGGUUGGCCAUGUAUAUGUAACAUGUGGUGUUAAUACAGGUAGGAGAGAUCGACGGACGUCUAUAUAAACUACUGGUCACAGGCUUUAAGAACCAUUGUCCAUGUAAGACAUCGGAUAGCUGGUUAGGUGUUACUAGGUAACCCACUGAAUUUGUGUCUAUCCGCCUGGCUCGGAACGUAACCAAACUGUCCAACCUCAAUAUCUUCAUCAUGAGGUUCUCAUUCACCUUCGGCGGUCUCCUAUCCGCGAGCGCCGUGCUGGCCGCGCCGGCGCCAAUUCCGGUUGCCGAGCCCGCUCCCAUGCCCAUGCCUACUCCCCCUGGCAUCCCGUCUGCCUCGUCAGCUAAAUCUCAACUCGCAAGCUUGACCGUCAAGGCGGCGGUCGACGACGGAGGAUACCAGCGGGACUUGUUCCCGACGUGGGACACCAUCACGGGAACCUGUAACACGCGCGAGUACGUUCUCAAGCGCGACGGCGCCAACGUCCAGGUCGGCUCUGACUGUUACCCAACGAGCGGCACGUGGACCAGUCCCUACGAUGGUGGGAAGUGGACGUCCCCGUCUGAUGUGGAUAUCGACCACAUGGUGCCUUUGAAGAAUGCCUGGGUUUCCGGGGCGAACAAAUGGACAACUGCCAAGCGCGAGCAAUUCGCCAACGAUGUUGAUCGACCACAGCUCUGGGCCGUAACGGAUAACGUUAACUCAUCCAAAGGCGACAAAUCUCCCGAUACCUGGAAGCCGCCUCUAACAAGCUUCUAUUGCACUUAUGCGAGCGCUUACGUCGCCGUCAAGAGCUAUUGGGGCCUAACUAUCACGUCGGCUGAGAAAUCGGCUUUAAGUGACAUGUUAGGAACUUGUUAG